UGCACAUUUUUCAGUAAGUAAAACUCGAUAAACGGGCGAACGUUGUGACGAUAGUUUUUCGUGAGAUACAUGUAAGAUUAACACGGCGUCUCGUGACACGUAACACUAAUUAACGUUAAUGAGUCAGUGAAUCUCAUCCUGUAUGUGACAUUUCAAGUGCGUAAUUCAUCGUGUGCUUCCUCUCGUCAGUUCAAAGCAAGAUCGUAAUAGUUUCCGUUGGAAGCGAUAGCAAUUAAUCGGUUAAAUAUCAACUUUCAAUUGGCUAAAUCCGCUAAAUUAACGGACGCACAACACAAGUCGAUAUGUCUGAUAUGAAACGCACCUAAUGCACCUCGUUCCUUUCGGUUUUAACUGGAGCAUGCACCAACCUUUAUGGAACAUUGUUGCAGCCUUUUUGUUCAUAAAUGCUAAAAGAUGCCGCCAAAACAGAGGAAAAUAGCUAUUAUGGGUUAUAGAUCCGUAGGCAAGUCGUCAUUGAGCAUACAGUUCGUCGAGGGACAGUUUGUGGAUUCAUAUGACCCUACUAUAGAAAAUACAUUUACAAAAAGUACUAGAGUAAAUAGUCAAGAUUAUGAAGUUAAGUUGGUAGAUACAGCGGGUCAAGAUGAAUAUAGUAUAUUUCCUACACAGUAUUCGAUGGACAUUCAUGGAUAUGUCCUUGUGUAUAGUAUAACCAGUGCAAAGAGUUUCGAAGUUGUACAAAUUAUUUAUGACAAGCUACUGGAUAUUACAGGAAAAGUCCAUGUUCCAAUUGUAUUAGUAGGAAAUAAAACGGAUUUAUACGUAGACCGAAUGAUAACGACAGAACAAGGAAAGCGAUUAGCAGACUCCUGGCACGCAGCUUUCUUAGAAACCAGUGCAAAACAGAAUGAAUCUGUCGCUGAUAUUUUUCAUACAUUAUUGGUCGAAAUUGAAAAAGCUGAUGGAAAUGUACAAGAAAAAUCCAAUUGCAUUAUUUCCUAAGCUGCAUUAAUUGGAAAUAUAAUUAUGAUGCAAUUCAAAUGUAUAAAAACCAAGUGGCGAAAUUGGCAUUAUAAUAAUACACGUCCGAAGACAAAUUAAUUGUAAUGAUAUAAAAAAUACAAAAUGG